ACAAUAGGCCAGGCGACAUCUAAUGUAUAUAUCUAUGAGCAAGAGAAACAGAGUUGAGACAAUGUUGAGAUUUUUUACAGUCAUUGGUUGAGACAUGAUAUAAAUUAGCAAUCAAGAAACAAACAAAUGAAAUAAACAAAACAAAUACAUAAACCAAAAAUUGUUUACUGUCUUAAAUGGUAUAUUAACUACACAGUCAAAUGAAGCUCAUUUAUUUUGGUACCUAAAGUGCAGUUUGAUCAAUGCUGUCUAUCGUCUACUCUGAUUGGUCAGUUGCUGUAAAUAUCAUUUCCGGGUCAGCAGCUACAGGUUGCUAUGAAGUUGGUGCAAAUGACACGUCAGCUGGACGGAAAAACAUACACAAACUGCAUAACCCACGUUUAUACGACACAAUCAUAAAUGUACCAGCUGCGCCAAGCCCGCGUUGUCGACUGUCACUGUGUUGCAGACGCAGAGAAUUACCGAAGACUACAUCCAUCCACGCACGCUGUAGCAUAACGCAUGCUGAGACUGAGGGAGAGUUCAACCUCCGAGACGACCCGCAGAAGAUGAUCAGCCCGUACCGUGGAUGAGAGUGUUUUUAUCUUCCGCAUCCCGGACAUCAUGUCGUCCCCGUCUCCGGUGCAGAUCCGAGAGGCGAACGCGCAUCUGGCCGCGCUGCACCGCCGGGUGUCGGAGCUGGAGCAGCGGCUGCGAGAGGCGGAGAGGACCGUGCGGGAGCAGGCGGAGAGUCUCAUCCGCAAAGACGAGCAGCUCAGAGCCGCCACGCAGGAGAUCACGGAGGCCAAGGACAAAGAGAUCUUCUUCCUCCACGAGAAGCUCUGCCAAUCAGAGGAAUCCAUUCAUAAACUCAACCAAACCAUUAAAGAGAAAGACUCUCUGAUUGGACAGUUACAACACAGAUGUCAACUACUGGACAACAUUUGCAAAAGCCGUCCGCUGCUAGACAGCAUGCUGGCCCAGAUGGCUGAGGCAGAGAGAAUGGGGCCGGUCAGUGACUUGGGGAAGCCCACCACCAACAGCUCGCUCACGGACGGAGAGUCCAACUGCAGCCCCAGCCGCCUCUCCAACCACAAAGACUUCUCACUCAGCGAGGACGACUCUGACGAUCAGGAAUUAGAUGGGGUUGUGUUCGGGACCACUGUAUGAGAGUCUCAGUUCAACUGCUCCUCGUCUCAGGUUUAGAAAAGCCUGUGUGUUGUUUCGAUGGUAACAGCGUCUGGUCAUCCUUUGAUAAAAUAUCAAUUGUAUCAUUAAUAUAAGUUGCUGAAGUGUGAAUGGGAAAUGGAAAGAGAUUCUAGUGUGAUGUCUCUGGUCAGUUCUGGCUGAAUCUGUGUGCAGAAUCAUACAAGUAUGCCUCAUCUCUUCUAAAUUUGUCUCUAUUUCAGUUAAUAAGUGGAUUAAAGCAGUGUUUCUCAACCAUGUUCCUGUAGUACCACCAACACCGCAUGUUUUGGAGGUCUGCUUUGUCUGUCACACUCAUCACAGGUCUUUCAGUCUCUGCUAAUGAGCUGAUGAUCUGAACAUGAACUACUUGCAGAGCUGUUGGUCCUCCAGAAACAUGGUUGAGAAACACUGAAUUAAACAGUACUUUUUAAAGGUCA